AUGACUUACUAUAUCAAGCACCCACAACUGCUACAGAUUGCUUUCCACAUCACCUGGUCCAUAUGGAGCAUGAGAAACUCCAUCAGGAUCUCUAACUCUACCAUCACCCUGGAACAAGCCAUUAAAAGAAUCAUAACUGAUGUUAUGCUCUUUGGAAAGAUUGCCAAGGGGACUGGCACUGUUUCUAUGGACACCUUUCAAAUUUUGAAAAAUUUAUUUGCUACAAUUACUCCUUCUGCACCCACCAGAACGGCUUCAGUUAUUUGGCUUCCUCCUUUUACAAACUGGAUAAAUGAAACAGAGAGAGUGAAGGUAGAUUCCUUGGUGGCUUUUUGA